AUGGAGUUUCUUCAGACAUUCCAAGCGCAAGUCCUGGAGGAGAAUCCUCUAUUAGUCAAAUCCAGCGUCGUCGCUGUUUUUCUGGUCCUCGUAGCCUUCGUUGUGCUCCAAUGGCGAGGCCCCAAGACGCCAAAGCUGGAUUUCCCGGUCCUUGGGGAUGUCACGCAGACUGAUUUCCGGCCGGCUCUUGAAGAGGGUGCAAAGAAGUAUCCCAAGUCUCCCUUUGUUCUAGCUACGCCCAUGCACCCGACAGUCAUUCUCCCUAUAUCCGCAAUCAACGAGAUCAAGGCUCUGCCAGAAGACAUUAUUUCUCUUCGGCAACAUCAUUACACUAUCUUCCUUGGAAAGUACACCGGUUUUGGAGAGCCUUGUGACGAGCUCGACACGGCAAUCCGGGUGGACCUCACCCGCCAUCUGGAACAGAACUUGGCAAACUUCCAGGAAGAGGUGGAAUACGCCUACCAAAAGCAUGUAGGCCACUGUAAAGACUGGACACCAGUCCCGCUCUACGAUGCUCUCUUGGGAAUUGUCUGCCUACUCAGCUCUCGCGUGUUUGUUGGCCUGCCACUGAGCCGAGAUGAAGAAUGGACUCGAGUCACGAUGCAGUAUUCCAUGGACGCCGGGCAUGAAGCUCAUUCCCUAUCCCCGUAUCCGCCUCUCAUCCGGCCGCUCGUGGCCCCCUUCAUGCUGAAGCGGCUGAAGCAGCAUCGAGCUAUUGCACGGCGCAUGCUCCAGCCAAUCCUGGACAAAUUCACCGCAGGUCACCCCAGCAGUUCAGCGGCCAGUGGCCGAAGUGAGGACACGGGAGGUGACCUGAUGCGGUACAUUCUGGGCCACUACAAGGGCCAGGCUACUAUCGAGCGGCUUGCGCGAGACCAGCUCAUUGCCACGUUUGUAGCCAUGCACACGACGACCAUCUGCGUCACCCAGGCGAUCUUCGACCUCGCCGCCCGACCAGAAUAUCUCGCGCCGCUACGGGAGGAACUAGACCAGGUCCUCGCUACAGACGGCGCCCACGACGGCCGCCUUCACAAAGAGUCCAUGGUCAAGCUACGCAAGAUGGACAGCUUCGUCCGCGAAAGCCAGCGCAUGAAUCCUCCCGGUCUGGUCUCCAUGCUUCGCCGCGUGACUGCCCCCGAAGGGCUGCACUUGUCCACCGGGCAUGUCAUCCCGUCCGGCAGCGUGGUGGGCAUCUCCGCGCAUGAAGUGACGCGGUCGUACCCCGAGGCGGACAAAUUCGACGCCUUUCGUUUCUACAGGAUGCGCGAGCAGCCCGGUCAGGCGACGUUGCAUCAGCUGGUUGCCACGGGCACCGAUCAUAUCCCCUUCGGCCACGGCACGCAUGCAUGUCCAGGUCGGUUCUUUGCGGCGAGCGAGAUCAAGGUGAUCAUGGCGUUUUUGCUCCAGAACUAUGAUAUUCGCCUUGAGGAUGGCGCCACCAGGCCGGAGAAUGUACAUGUGGGGGGAACGGUGUCGCCACCUCAUGAUGCUAAGGUCCUUUUUCGCAGAAGAGAUGUCAGCAAGGGACGGAGCUGA